CAGCCAGUGGCACCUUCCAAUCUCUUACUCAAGGGCUGCUUAUCAGUGGGCGUCUCCGACUUAAACGAAUAGUGGGUCAGACCUGCUGACACUGCCAAGAAUUAGGUGUUGUGCACUCUGGGAUUAGUCCUAAUAAGCUUCCCCUUCGUCUGCCUCACUCGACAUGUCUUGAGCACGAAUGCCGCCCGACGUUUGGGCAAUUUUAUGCAGACUAUGGACAGGUUUGGUUACCUGCUAGUUGUAGUUUUGUUUCACGUCAGAGGGUCCGAAAGUUUUACUCAGUGUUUGCGAGGGUGUAGCUGUAUAGAAGACCGUCACGGAAGGUCUCUCAUAUGUAUGGAGGAGAAUCAAUUUGGGGCCAUACCAGAGAAUAUUCCCCACGAUGUGACCAAAAUCCGAAUCGAAAAAUCCCGCUUCACUGAAAUCAAGCGCGGGGCUUUCUCCAGAACACCCGGCUUGGAAAACCUGUGGUUAAACUUCAACAAUAUUACCCUGAUCAACUCCAAGGCUCUCGAAGGUUUGAGCAACCUGACCGAGCUCCGCCUGCAAGGAAACAAGCUGCGUUCCGUGCCAUGGACGGCGUUCGAGGACACCCCGGGCCUAAUGAUCCUGGACCUGAAGCACAACCAGCUGGAUGUGUUGCCGGAGCAUGCGUUAAGAAAUUUGCCCGAUCUGACUUACUUAGACCUAUCCUUCAAUCGUCUUACAGUCAUAUCCAAGGAAGUCUUCCAAAACUGGCCUCUGUACCAAAAACUGCAGAGCGCGGAGGAGCAGGAGGCGAGCUCUUCCGUGCCGAACAUCAUCCUGGCGCUCCACGACAACGCCUGGCUCUGCGAUUGCCGCCUCAAGGGCUUCGUGGAGUUCAUCCGCUCCCUCAGCCCCCCGAUUAUCCUGAUGAACUCCUACUUGACCUGCUCCGGGCCGGACUUUAGGGUGGGCAAGUUCUUCCACGAGGUCGAGCUGCAGGCCUGCGUAAAGCCCGUGGUUACCACCCCGUCGGCCACCCUGAGCCUACCGCUGGCCGCCAACGUCACGUUGCGCUGUCUCGCCAAGGCCCGACCGGACCCCGCGGUGUGGUGGACAUAUGGUCUGAAGAUAAUCAGAGGAUUUCAUGAGUCUCAGGAGAGAGUGGAUCAAGACACCAUUCGAUCACUGCUGGUGAUCCCUUCGCUCCACGCGGCCGACCGCGGCGUCUACACGUGCAAUGCCGUCAACUUUAUCGGAAACUCCUCGGCGAACAUCCAGGUGGACAUCCUCUCCACUGACGGCUCCCAGCUGCCGUCUCUUCCCGGCUUCCCGGUGGAUGACGAGAACGUCUACAUUGACAUCCGCAUCGCCAAACAGACGGUGCGGGGUAUCUCCAUUGAAUGGUUUGCCGUCUUGGACCGCCCAGAACAGACGUGGUUCACUAUCCAUUUGGGCCGCGCCAACACCAACAAGAAGGAGACGACCUACAUCGGCCCGGGCAUCCGUUCCUAUUCCAUCUCCGACCUGUUGCCCGCCACCAAAUACGAAAUCUGUGUGACGCUCAAGAAUCAGACGCCGCGGCCUGGCCAGUGCCUGGUGUUCGUCACAGGAAGCGACAUCACCGAGAUGGAGCAGCGGGAGAAGCUGAUCCACAUUGUGGUCAUUGUCCUGGCCAUGGUGCUGGCCGUUCCCAUCGGCAUGUACGCCUGCACCACCGACACCAAGUUCACCUGCCUGGACGCCCUGAUGGAGUUUUGGAAGAAGCGGCGCAGCGAGAGCGGAUCGGCCGUGUUGGAGCGCGAGAGGCAAGGCACCUUCGACAGCCUGCAGGCGGCCAGCGAUGAGGGCCUGGUCCGGAAAGAGUCCAGUGAGGACAGGAAGGUGAGGCGGAGGUCAGAUGACAGGCCGCUUAAGAGUAAGGCCGACCACAGCAGAAUCACUGCAGAACUAUACUAAACGGCACCAAACAUUUUGCAAGCAAUCACAAUGCAGCAGUUGGUGAUUGUGAUGACGUGGUGUGCUAUCCCUGCUGAUACUCUCUACUCUUUCUGUUCUAGGGCGGGAGGUUUGUUGAGAAGGUGUGAUUGGUCAAGAUUGUUAUUCAAGGGAUUGCACCAGUGUAGAGAUGUACUUCAUUAUUUUCAAUUUCUCUCUAAUUCUGAUAUCAUUCUGUUAUCAUUAUUAUUCUGCUGCCUUUGUAACUGACUUGGGCUUAGUAGCACUUUUGUCGUUUCCACAG